AUGAAAUUUGACGCAAUCAACACCGUCGAGACCGAUACCCUGCUGCUGACCAACGACCAAGACGGCAGCCCAAAGUACUACGCCAUCUUCCUGACGGACGCAACGCUGUCUAUUGAGGAGGAGUCUGGGGAUUGGCAAUCCUCCCUCUCCAAUGAGCAGUGGAAGGGUAUUGACACCUACCAGGCGCGCUAUGGCGUACGUAGUGUGUCACUGUCGUCGUAUCCCUCUGCGGCGCUGGGCAUGAAGGUGUCGCCGGUGCCUGGGUUGAAUGAUAAUGUUUACCUGCAUCCUGUUUCGGGUGGCCCGUUGCACAUGGAGCCCAUGCCGCUGGCAAGGGAAAACAUCUACAUUGUACCAGCUCAAGUAGACCUGGGCGACGACCAAACCUUUAAUGUGACCACUGCCAUGGUCUUCACCAAUACAGCGGACCCGCCUGCAAAUGACCCGGACCACAUCGCAGCCGCAUUGAUUAUAUCCGUGUCUGGGGCAGAGCGAAUGCACUUCUUCUUGUCAACGUCCUACGGUGUUCCCCACGGCGAGACUUUAGCCAACUCCAUGGUCGCCUGGAGUACCGAAUACGUUGAGCCGGCCGACAAAGGGCCAAACACUACCCUCUUCAUCGCAUUGGGCGUGGUCGGAGGUCUGAUUCUGUUAGUCGCUCUCGGGUACUGUUGUAUGCGGUGCUGCCGCAGAUGGAGCGAAGGUAUUGCCGACACCAGCAUUAAGGCGUACGACAACGAGUCAUGGGAGGCCGCAAAUAGGCACUAAAUACUCGAAUGCACACAUACACACAAGCACACACACACACACACAAACACGCAUAUAUAUAUCUAUACCAUUCAUGCACACACAUAGUUAUCUUUACCAUUAAUGCACACACAU